ACGUAACAGGCGCCAUUUUGUCGAUGAGGAGGAGGAGGACGCUUUGGGCGGGAAUUCUGAAAACUGGGGCCUAAAAGAGAGCGAGAGAUGGCUCUGCAAAUGGCGGCCUCCUCUGGAAAGCGUCGGCCGCCUUUCGAGCUCAGGGGGCUCUUGCUGCCGGUGAAACAGGACGAAAGGGCCGCCGAGGAGGAAGAGGAGGAGGACGACGACGACGACGCAGAGGCCUUCGACGUGGCCUCCGAGGACUACGGCCAAGUCCUCCUCCGCCCUGCGCGAAAGACAGUUAAAAUACAAGAGGAAAGAUCCAAAAAGGAGUAUGAAGUGAUUGGACGGUUUCCCUUUGUUGGCCCUUGGUGGAAAGUGAAUGUUAAAGUUAAACAGUUUGGAUCAAAGUAUUACAUGGACGGGUAUCCAUCUUACUAUCUACAGACGGAUGCUGGGAAAAAUCAAAAGGCCAUCAUUUCACUUUUCUUUAAGAAAUGUUGUGUUCCAGAAAUAUUUCGAGAUGAAUUUUUUGAGUGGCUUCCUAAAGGGUCUCCUUUAAGCUUUAUACAUCUGGAAGAAAUAUCAGAACAGUUUAAGCUGUCAAAACUUAGGAAAGAACAAGUAUCUAAAGACACCAAAGAUUUUGACAUUUGGUAUUAUAUUAUCACCUCAUGUGCAGGAAAAGCUGUAUUCGCAGCUUUACACUUUCCAAUUGUAUUGGAAUACUUGCCCAAACUUCUGCCAUGUAAUGUUUCUGAUUGUAUUGACUGGUUCAACCACAGCGAAAUAAAAUGUGAAGAUGAUCGAUUGACAAAACUGGAUAAAAUCUUAAAGAAAGAUCCAUGGAAACUUGGAUUCAGAAUAAUCAUGCACAGAGAACUCGGUACUUACCUUGCUGAAGCAUCUUUGAAGAACUUAAGUGACUGUGGACCUCUUUAUCAGAAGAUUCCUCUUUUACAGAAAAAUGCAUUAAUACUAUAUGAGAAACUCAAGGAACGCUGUAGACAAAUGGGACAUACUUAUGAAGAACAGGAUAAGUUAACAGAUAUGGUAUCAAAGAAGAUGUCUGUGGAACAUGCCUGGCAGUCUCUUAAAUUUUUGAAGGAUGAGGAGAUAGUAAUUACUGAGAAGAAGUGUGUGUUCCUUCCCAAGCUAUACAAAGCUGAGAAGCAGAUUGCAGAUGCUGUAUAUGAGCUCAGAAAUAAACCUCCAUGGCACUUGCUUGCUGAUGUAAAAAAGGUUCUUAAUGGUGGUUCAUUUAUUAUGAACAUGAGUGACUCAGAUGAUGAGAGUGAGUUAAGUGAUGAAGAACCUUGUGAAAGGGAUUCAAAGAAACCUGACAAUACUUCACAUGUACAGGACAAUUGUAACAAUGAUUUUGAUUCUGAGGAGCAAACUCAGAGCAAGGAAUCAAAAUGUGAAGCAGAAGUAGAUCCAUAUCAAGAGAGUGCUAUUGAACUGAUCUGUUCCAAUCCAGUGACAGUUAUAAGUGGGAAAGGUGGUUGUGGAAAAACCACAAUAGUUAGCUACCUUUUUCGCUAUCUGAUGAAAAAAGAAAAAGAAGAAGUAAGAAAUGCCUGCAAAGAUUUUGAAGCUGACAUGGAUGUAUCUGAGGAAUGGCAUACUUUCAGUCAUUCUUCUAAUGUGAAUAUAAAUAAAUCUUUAAAUGUUUUAUUUACUGCACCUACAGGGAAGGCAGCUGCUCUUUUGUUCAAGAAAACCAAAAUUCCUGCUUAUACUCUUCAUCAGGUCAUGUACAGUUAUAAAGCAUGGAAGACAAAAGGGGAAAACUCACCAUGGAAAUUUUCUUCAAUCAGUGUAUUGGUUGUAGAUGAAGGAAGCUUGGUGCCUGUAGGAAUCUUAGCCAGUGUUUUAAAGUUUUUGCUUCGUGAUGCCCAACUUACAAAGCUCGUUAUUCUUGGUGAUAUUCGGCAGUUACCCAGUAUUGAGCCUGGAAACAUGUUGGCUGACAUUUUUGCAAGUUUUAGAUCAAGAGGUUGGUCUACAGAACUAAGAACUAAUCAUAGGUCUGAGUCUCAAUUAAUUGUGGAUAAUGCAACAAGAAUCUCUCAGCAGAAAUACCCAGUGUUUGAUCAAGUGCUGAAAUUUUCCAAAAGCAAUAAAAUAUGGCCAAUGCCAAGUCCUGAGAAGAAAUUUAUUCUUGUUGUUUUGCCUGCUGAAGAUGGUAGUGGCUAUUUGCAGUCAGCCAUAAUGGCUUUGCUUGAAAAAGGUCCAGGACUGGAAGAUCCCAAACAGUCACAGUUCAUUACUUUCAGAAGAAAAGACUGUGACAUCAUAAAUGAAAUCUGCUGCAAGCACUAUUCAGGACAUCCAAUGUGGGACCAUAAGAACAGACUGCAGUUCCUGUGUGGUGACAAAAUCUGUUCUACAAGGAAUGAGUAUAUCACAGAGCUUCUUGCAAGAAAGAAUAUUAUUUGCACAAUAAAUGAUCAAAACUCUGAAGAUUCUGGUCCAUGCACUUGCAAUGUGUGCUUGCGGAGAGAAGAGCGCAUCUUUGGUCAUAGAUCACGUUCUCAUGAUGAUGAUACACGGUUGUGCAAUGGGGAAAUAUUCUUCAUUACCGAGGAUAAAGAAGUUGAUGAUGUCCGUAUACUGACCAUUAGCAUUACUGAUGGACCUGAGUAUACUGUGAAGUAUCAAAGUCUCCGGAAAAAGUCUAGGAUUAAGCAUGCCUGGGCCAGGACCAUUCAUACAUUUCAGGGUUCUGAGGAAAACACAGUUGUCUAUGUAGUUGGAAAUGCUGGUCGCCAGAAUUGGCAGCAUGUGUACACAGCUGUCACCAGAGGCCGUUGCCGGGUCUAUAUUGUUGCAGAAGAAGCCAAUCUUAAAGCAGCCAUUGCUAGAGAAAAUUUCCACAGAAAGACUUGUUUGCAAAAACGUUUGAAAGAGGCACUUACAGAAAAAAUGAGUAGUUCUCAGCCAACAUCUUCACAAGAGAGGUUGCACAAUCAAGAUGCUAACACUUCAGCCUUCACUUCUGCUGCUGAAACUAGUUCCAUUCAUAAAGAGGAGUCUGUGGUUUCUGACAAGAUGGAAAUUGACAGUGGACUCAAGAUAACUGACAUGGUUGAUGCUGCAGAGCAAACUGCAGGUGAACGGAAGCGGCAAAGGGAAUUUUCACGUGAUUGUUCGAGUCCUUCAAAAGUAGCUUUGAUAACUGAAGAGAACAAAAUAUCCCCCCUUGGAACUAACUUGCUUCAGCGCAUGACACUGAAGAGUCCGACUCCCAAGAAACUUUUUUCUUCAUAACAAGUAUCUACUUUAGUUAUGGUUGUGCUGGUCUGUGACUGUAAUAACUAUCAAUCUUAACUAUCCUGUGUAUCUGCUUUAGUUAUAGAUGUUUUAUAUUUUUCUUCUUCCCUUUCUUUUCUUUUAGAGCAAGAAUUUACACUCAAUUUUUAAUUUUUUAAAACUACAAAUAAUUUUUUUAAAAUAAACAUUUAAUAUUACUUUUAUUAUAUUUAUCUCUUUCAAAUGGCAGAUAUACAAUUUAUUUUUAAAGAUGGACAUUUUCCUAGUUAUAACAGAUUUUAAAUCCUUGUUUGUUAGGAGGCCUUAAUUCAUAUAAGAAUGUGUAUUAUCUAUAUAAGAAUGUAUUAUCAAAUUAUUCAGUUUUGCCUGAAUAUAGCUUUAUGUGGCUCUCAUUUCUGGCUUUAUGCUUGUGUUUCUCUCAGAAAGAGAGGAUAAAUGGGCCUUUUUUUAAUUGUUGCUGUUGUUUAAAAACUCCUUUAUCAAAGUCUGGGCAAUUACCUGCUCAAAUGUUGUGUGCUGCUACUUGAAAGAGCUGUCCACCACUGGGUUUUGUAGGGAUGUUUUGAAGGUGCUACCAGAGCUCCUUCUGGUGAAAGUCAGUAACAGGAUCCAUAAAACUUUCCUUCAUUGUAUGUUUUUCAGACUCAGUCCUUCAGUACAGUGCACCCGCAUCAUACGCGGGCGCACUAUUCCCGCACCCCAGAAGGAACAUUUAAUGGGACUUGAAUUUACAUGGUAUUUCCCUUACGUGGCGGGGUCCGGAAUGGGUCCUCCGCAGAAGGAAAGGGCCAACUGUAUAUGUUUUGCUAUAAUGAUAACAAAAUUGGUUCAAUGCCUGGACAUAGUCCAGGAAAGCCUUUUGAUGUUUGGCUCUGCUUCUGAAAGGGAAAAUGAUAGGUCAUAGCAG